CUAACUGGAAAUACAGCAAGCAAUUUGGCUCCAUAAGAGAGUAAAUGGUGGAAUCUUGUGAGAAAAUGAGUGCCUGCUUUACAAAUAGGAAACUCACAGCCAGUCCCAGCUACAUUCUGGGCUCGGAAGGCAAGAAAACUAUCACAAAGUGUCGUCACUAGGCCUCAGUCUCCCCAUCUGUCUGUCUUGAUUGGGGACUGGAGGGACAAGGGUCCAGGUUUAACAUACUUAGAUUUGGUGGUCAUGGGUAGCUUCCUGGGGGAAGUGCCUACUAUUGAGCAAGGGUGGGGAAUUGGAGGAUAAUUUGGGGGUUUUAUUUCUCCCACAUAAUAAGAAUUACUUUGGCAACUCAAAGGAGCCUGGGCUGAGGUUUCCUGGACUUUUCUUCAUGGCUACCCUAUGACCCCAAGAUGACCACCAGAGCCCCACCCAAUCAAGACUAGGGGACUGGGGAAAGGGAAGGAGGCUGCUGGCCAGCUCAGUCAUCCUCCUUUGAAGGAGCAUUCUGGAUGUCCCUGCCCUACAACCCCUGCUUACAUUUCAUUAGUCAGAACUGUGUCACAUGACUGUCAUAGCUGCAAGGGAGUCUUAAGAAAUGUUUUAGCUUGAGACGCAUCCACCUCAAAUCAGGUUCUUUUCUGCCUUUACAGAGUAACUCUUAGCAACUCUCUCCCUCCAGGAAUGGAUACAACCCUCUCCCGAGCUACCAAAAAGCCUGCUUGAGGCAGUGCAAACUCCGGGGCCUCAGAGGCCCUCUCCAAACAUUUCACAAAGUCUGGACACUCAGGUCAAAAAUCUGACAUCCUCCACACACUAAAAACACGAAAUCCCGUCCCAGAUGGGGGCAAGUCCUGUCAGAGCGGCGGCGAGUUCGGGUCCCAGCGACACCAGCCUUCCCGGGACAGAGGCCUGCCAUCCACAUCUCUUCCCUGAGCUGCCCACUGGGGGCAUGGCGCUGCCAACAAAGCCGAGCAUGUUUGAUCUGGGCCUGGGCACAUGGAGCCCCAGCUCCCAGGAGCAGAGCCACAGGGCUCGGGCACCCUCCAGGGGUGUUGGCAAAAAGCUGCCUGAGUACAAGGCAGUGGUGGUAGGCGCAAGUGGUGUGGGCAAGAGCGCGCUGACCAUCCAGCUGAACCACCAGUGUUUCGUGGAAGACCACGACCCCACGAUCCAGGAUUCCUACUGGAAGGAGAUGGCCCUGGACCACGGAGGCUGCAUUCUGAACGUGCUGGAUACGGCAGGGCAGGCCACUCAUCGGGCGCUGCGUGACCAGUGUGUGGCGAUUGGGGAUGGUGUGCUGGGUGUCUUCGCCCUCGAUGACCCCUCGUCUCUAGCCCAGCUGCAGCAGAUGCGGGCCACCUGGGGCCCUCACCACACCCAGCCCCUCGUCCUUGUGGGCAACAAGUGUGACCUGGUGACCACCACCGGAGAUGCUCAUGCCGCGGCUGCAGCCCUCGCAAAGAGCUGGGGGGCCCCUUUCGUGGAGACCUCAGCCAAGACACGCCAAGGUGUGGAGGAGGCCUUUUCCCUGCUCAUCCAUGAGAUCCAAAGAGUCCGGGAGGCCAUGGCAAAGGAGGCCAUGACAGGGCCAGGUGGGGAUAAAGCCCGGCACCAUAAGGCCAUGUGCCGCUGUGGCUGCUCUGUGGCCUGAAGAUUUUGGUCUAGAAAAGUGGACCCUCUCCCAAACCAGGGUGGUGGUUCCUUCACAUGAGACUCCCAGAGCAAGUAGCUGUGUGGGACACUGUUGGUGUACUGGGGAUAGAUGGACCCUCUCCUGGAGAGGUUUUCAUUUGGUGAUGGGCUUUUUGACAAUGUGAGUUGUAGUGUGUUGGUUAUGUUAUGUCAAGUUGAGAGAUUUUGUGCAAACUUAAAUAAAUGGUGUU